AUGACUUCUAAUGCAAAGAACAUGGUUCCCACAUCUGGAAAAGGACUAGUGCUCUUGCGGCUGUGCAAUGAGCUUCUUCGACGUCUGUCAAAAACCCAUCCACAGCAUACUAUGCUUGCAGGACGUAUCUUUCUGCUUCUCUCGUCGACAUUCGCUAUCAGUGAGCGGAGCGGUGUGAACUUGAAAGGCGAAUUUGACACGAAUCAGACCAUUGACAUUGAGGCCGUAAAUGAACAUUGUGAGCCGCCCAGUGAGACGAAGCCUGAGAUUCUGAUUCAUCAUCCCCAGUUCUACGUGCUGUUUUGGUCCUUACAACGCUACUUCACCAACCCUACCCUAUUAUUUAGUGAGUCAGACGCGCCAGGCGCCAAAGCGGCUGAAGCUCUUGGACUGCAAGAGAGGCAGGCAUCAACGCCUAUGCACACAUUCCAGACGGGAAUCCAGUGUGUCUUGGAUGUGAUGCGCUGGUUAAACAAGAAGAGUGAUUCUCCACCUAAGACGAAGCGCGCCCGCUUCGAAACGAGCGCUUCAUCACCCACGUAUCCACGAUACCGCUGCACACAAACACUUUUUGGAUACGAGCUUCACAACUUGGCAUUUCAGCAACAAUAUCUCGUGCAAUGUCUCAUCACGUUUCAGUACUUGCUUGGACAAACGAGUGCAACUCACGAACAAUCGAAGGAAUGGAAAAACAAGUUGCUCGUUCCUAUGCAUACCCUGAAACAAGAGGAAGAGCAAUGGCUCCGUAAGACGUGGCGCCAAAUCCAAACUGUUCUGCGGGAGUCCAGCCAGGAAGGCAGAGUGUUUCUGGAUGCUGUGCUGAUGCUACUGCGCCGGGAAAGCAGUUGGAUCCGGUGGAAGGCGGCUAGCGCGCCGUCUUUCCACAAGGAUGCACUGAAUCCGGACACUCUGCAGGCCUGGUCCGACAAGAUCCGCACCACCUUUGCCCAGCAAGAGCCCUGGUUUCCGCAUGCCCUCGGCACACCAGAACUUUCGCGACUGUGGGAAGAUGGAUUCCACGUGGCUGAACCUUCAGAAAUGCAUGUGAAUGACGAAGAAGGCCAUGACAAGACCAUUCGCACGGAUGGUUGGGAAGAGCUAAAAUUUCCUCGUGCACCGCCGUCUUUGCGCUCGCUGUGUCGUGCGAUAGAGCAUUGUACAGACCCCGAUCAAGCUCAGAGUUUGUCAUGGCGUGCAUUGCGAUGUGCGAGCCUUGAGCAUCUGCAUGUAUUUGCACGCAUGCGGGCGCUCGAUGAUAUCCCCAGCCUAGUGCAGGCCAUCGACGAUGAGCACAAUGAUAUUCCUUACGAGGUUAGCAUUAUUGGUGAGGAACCGAGCACAGAGGAUGACGAUAAUGAGCACCAACAUGCCGACGUAGACGCGAUCGAUGUGGACGACUCUGCAGAGCAGAUUGCCCACUUCGAGCACAAGGCAACGUCGACAAUUAUCCACACUCUUACACUGAGAAUCAGACAAAGUCUUCUGUGUCCAGCAUUCGUUCACCUGAAGCUAGGCGCGAAUCCCCAUCGUCGCCCCCGCCUGCUGAUCACUCAGCCGAUACACGCCAAUAUCCAGUUACGUCGAGGCCGCGCCAGUAUCACAAAGUCACGAGGACAUGAUCCCUACCAAUAG